AUGGAGUUAACAAGUGCUAGUCGAUAUGAUGCAGACAAUGCCCCGGCUCAAACGACCAACUGUACAGGCGUGACGCAAGUUCAUUGUUACAUCACUGGCGGUCGGAUACGAGUGAAAGAACGUAUCGGGCUACUAGGGAGUAGGUCGUUCAUUUUGGGGACGGUCAUUGGUACCGGGAUCUUCAUCUCUCCGCGUGGGGCGCUGUUGAAUUCCGGCUCGAACGGCGCCGCUCUCAUAGUCUGGGCAGCGUGCGGUGUGAUGAGCAUCAUCAUCGGUCUCGUGUACGCAGAGCUGGGCGUGCUCCUUCCGAAGUCAGGAGGAGAUUACUACAUCAUACGGUCUGGUUUUGGAGACGGGCCGGCUUUUCUGUGCUCCUGGGUAUCCACCGCGAUCACGAACAGCCGAACGAAAUCCCUUCUAGCCCUCGUGUUUGUCGAUUUCUUAUGUGCAACUAUCUUUGAAAAAUGCAAAGCCACGGACAGCUUGCGGAAAUCCAUUGCCUCCAUUGAGUUGUUGCUUAUAGCUAUAACAAACUCUAUCAGCGUGAGAUGUGUUACCUUUCUACAAAGCAUCUUUACUCUGCUGAAGGUAGCGGCCCUUGUUGUCAUAACGACGGGCGGCUUUGUGUACCUUAUGCAAGGUAAAGUUGACAAUUUUGACAAUGCUUUUGCAGGAACUAAAACCGAUGUCACAUCGAUCUCGUUGGCCGUCUAUAGCUGUAUUUGGGCGUACACUGGGUACGCAAGUUUGAAUGACAUUGUUGAAGAAGUUGUUAAUCAAAAGGAAAAAGGUUCCCAGAGCGAUUAUAAUAUCAAUGACAUUGGUAACCUCAUCAACUUGUUGAACUUCACUGGCUUCGUGUGGCAAACGCUGAGCAUAAUCACGUUGAUGAAACUUCGCUACCAGAAACGCAGACUUCCCCGCAGGAAGGACGCGUUCUCGGUGCCGAUAGUGGUUCCGGCCUUCGCCUUGCUCAUAACCCUCUUCAUGCUCAUCUCGCCGUUCAUAUCCAAGCCCAAGAUCGAGUUCCUAUACGGCGCGGGAAUGGGUGUUGGGAAGGCUUCUAAGAAGAGAUCGAACCGGAACCUUCAGGUCGCAAGGCAGAGACAAUAG